AUGGUUGCUCCGAACAGCCAGGUUAUUACUGUCCGAUCUGACUUCUCGACUGUGGAGUUGAAGGAAGAUAUAAUGAUAGAAAGCUUCAAGCUUAAAGACUCUAAGCCAGCAGUUACCAUAAUAUCAGUUGCAGAAUUACCCUCAUCCACCUCGAGUAGUCCCUCAAAUACCCCGAGAAUAUAUCCCCAACUCUGCCCUCCUAAAAUUGCUAUCAGCAAUCCAGUAAAUCUCCAAAGUAUCUUUGGAUCCUCUCAAGUUCAAUGGAUCGAUGAUCCCGUCAUAACAUCCUGGCGCAACCCCAGCCACAAAAUAUACAAUACCCUUGCCUCCGCAAACGAACUACUCGAAAAAUGGACUUCAAUCGCACCACAUACUCCAUUCUCCCCUCUUUCAGACCCACUAUGGCUAGAAACAGGGCGUAUUCUCAAAGACGUUGGUCUUCCGUGGCAUAAUAAUCAAGUCGGAAUGUCGGACGACUUGGAUUCUAGUUGGCCUUUUCAUUUUAAGUCUUAUGAGAGGGAUACAUUACGUGCGAAGGGGUCUAGGGUCGGAGACCCUAAUGCUUCUGGAUAUAUUUGUCACCCAAGUGAGGCGAACUGUUAUUGUAUAAGAGCCCUGCAGCAGGAAUUGAGAGAACAGUAUCCGAAGUCACAGCCGUUGGUGGUGUACGAUAAGUUCGACCAGGGGAUAUUACACUGCGUCGAGACAUUUUUUGGACUUCAAUCACAUCAGAUUAAUUUAUCUGAUCGAAUUGAAGAUAUUGUUGACAAUCUUCGGGAGGCUACUGAUGGAACCCACCGUCCAGUUAUCUUCAUAGCGAAUUUGGCGACUGUGGAUGGGAAAUACGACAAUAUAAAUGUGAUUUCUGAGAUAUCAAAACAUAUACCAAUGCUAUUACAUCUUGAUAUGACGCAAAAUUUCGACUACAUCACAACAUUACCUCAACAUGAUCGGAAGCUCCUCGGAAUCGAUCGCAUAAACCUGGGAAGUAAAUCCCUAAACCAACCCCUCAGACUCCGUGAUGGGUCUAUCACCGCCUGUACAAUUGUCGCUGGUGGUACGAAUCAUACAGAUCCACCUCUCGCUCUCGCUCUAAAACCUACUUCGCUUGGGGGUACAGAUUUCGUCAGAGUUUCUUACGUUAGAGGUCGGGACCAAACUCUUGCGGGCUCUCGAGACUCUAUUGGACCUCUCUGGUUUUCAUUACAAGAGGUCAGGUUUGGCGAGAAAGGGUUCCGAGAAAUUUACGAACGGUGUAGAGAAAUGAGAGAAAAUUUAAUGCAGGCUCUAAACGCUUACGGAAUCUCUAUCAUACGACUUCCGUAUUCACUGGAUAUCAUUAUUCGAAAUUGUUCAAAAGAACAAGCUGACAAAUUGCUUUCGCUUGGUGCUGUAUUGACGCAUACAGGUAUUCUCCUGGCUAUUCAACCAUCCGUCACAUCGGAAGACCUUGAACAAGUUGUCGAGAUCAUGUCUUCACACACUAUUCGAACACACAGCAUUAACCCCACAUAUAUCGACUUCCCAUCUCUCUACCAAAUCCCCCAGAGCGUGACCAGAGAUCUAUCCUCAACAGUCGAAUCCUGGAAAAUAUUGACAAGGUCUUCUUCCGGAUAUCCUCUCUAUAUGGGAUCUCUCUCAGCUCUCGGGCCGGUGAUCGGACAGUUUCUCGGGGUCGAUAUCCCCGCCGACUGGUUAAAUACACAGAAAAAAGCAUUGCUAGUGUCUAGAAUGCAAUCAUUCGGACUUCUUACACCCAAAGAUAGGGCCAACUUUGGAGCAGCCUUUACCAACGGGAGCACGAUGGGGAACAGAAUGGGCCUCCAAACCGCACUUAAGAGAUUACCAAAAGCUACAAUAUAUUUCUCGACAGAAACACACUAUAGUGUCAUUAAAACAAUGCGAGAUUGCGAUAUCAUAACACGCCGCUGGUUAGACAGAAAAUCAAAGUUCUCUCAGGUCCCCUGCAACAAGGACGGUAGCAUAUCUAUAGAUUUGCUGGUACAAAGAGCAUUGGUCGAUAAGCAAGAAGCUUUGGAAAUUGGAGAGGAAUAUCAAAUGAUUUUGCUCGCAAAUAUCGGCACAACUUUUGUGGGUGCUCGCGACGGUCUUAAGGAGAUAUACCGCAAGCUUCGGGAAGUCGGUAUUCGAAUUUCGCAUUUACACGCCGAUGGCGCAUUCGAUUUUGGGUACAGCACCUCUGGCAUCAAAUUAGGAUCUCCAGGAGCAGUAGGGCCGGAUGGAAUGCCUAUGGUCCAAGGAAUUACCCUGAGCAAUCACAAAGCUAUGGGAAGCAUUGUCUCUGGCGAAGUUAUUUCCUACAGCCCUGGAAACGAACUUUCUGCAUUAGAGUGGACCGUCGACCCCCGAAUUAUUUUCGAAAGAUGGGUUUACUCCCAAGCUUAUCCUCCCGCUGAGUGCGAGGCUCUACUGCGAUACUGUCAAGACAACGCCUCCCGCCUAGAGCUGUCGUUGAGAAGGAUCGGAGUCGUAACGAAACGUAACCCCGGAUCAAUGAUCGUCGUCUUAGAGAAACCACCAGCCUGGAUUAUCGAAGAGUUCGCCUUAAGACCUGAAGGGGACUGGGUCCACUUCAUCACGGUGCCAGACAUAUCACCAGAGACCAUUGAUCUCUUCGUUGACAGAAUACAACAAUUCAAGAGCAACUGCCUCGCAGCAUUUUCUUACAUCACCCCAUCUAUUAACAUAAUAAUGAAUAGUCGAAUAGAAGCCCGGUGUAUCCAAAGUCGGGAUCCACUAGCCAAGCAGGUCGUGGAAUUGGCGAAGGGUGCUGCGCCUUUGGCCCCUGGUGGAAAUUAUGACAGCUUGGAAUCUAUGGUGAUACCGUCUAUGCGUAGUGCCUUGUCGAUUGCAAUGCUUAACACCGUCGGGCAAGAACUCGAGGCUGUUUUGUUGAUAGAGUCAUUCCGUGACCAAACUAUGAAAGCGGGCGCUCUAUUGAUUAAAUCAUAUCAUGCCGAGCGUGCCGAGGCGAUUGUCGCCGUGGCAAAGAUUCUUUCUGGAUUUAUGGCAAAACAUACGGGAGCUAGACUCAUCAGUGAUGGAUCUAGCUAUGCUUGUUAUCUGAUAUAG